UCACAGAAAAUCGAGCAAGGAAUACGGGAUAUUGACUAUGUGAACAGGUUGGCUGGAAACGUCCCAUUGAACUGAACGACAUCUGGCUCGUGAACCCAGACCGUUCUGCGCGCCAGUUUUCAGGAAAGCUGAAAGAAAGGUUCAACGCUCGCGUCAAAGCCGGGUCGAAACGACCCCUGGCAUUCGCCAUCUAUGAGACCUUUAAAAUGGAUUUCACCAUCGGGGCCAUUGGCGCACUAGUGGCCAGUAUGUCGCAAGUGCUGAUCCCGUUCGUGCUCAAAUACCUCAUUGCCUUUGCGGCAGAAGCCUUUGUGGCAGACGAGACGCACACCAAGGGCCCGCCGAUCGGCAAAGGUAUUGGAUAUGUCUUCUGUAUCGCCGGCAUGCAGAUUAUCAGCAGUGUUGGCAUGAACCAUUUCAUGUAUCGCGGCAUGGUGUUUGGUGGAGAGGUCCGGUCUGCGUUGACUGCGCUGAUUUUUGACAAGGCCAUGACCAUCUCGGGUAGAGCGAAGGCCGGUGGUAAAGUCUUGGAUGAACUGCCGAUGGAUAUCAAACCCGGAAGUGAGGAGGAGAAGGAAUGGUAUGCGAAGAAGCUGGAGCAAGAGAGCGGUGAUGACGAGAAGGAAAAGCGCAAGGCGCAGAAGGCGCGCGAGAGCCAGGGCUGGAGCAAUGGUCGCAUCAUCAACUUGAUGUCGAUGGAUACCUACCGUAUCGACAAAGCGUCUGGAUGGUUUCACCUGGCCUGGAGCAGUCCAGUGUCUAUCAUCGUCACGAUUAUCUUGCUUCUGAUCAACUUGACCUAUAGUGCGCUUCCUGGAAUCGGCAUCUUCUUCCUCGCCGUGCCCACAAUGGGCAUAGCGGUCAAGAGCCUCCUCGGUCGACGUGCCAAGGCCAACAAGUUCACGGACGAGAGAGUCGGCCUCACGCAGGAAAUCCUUCAAGGAAUCCGAUUUGUGAAGUAUUACAACUGGGAGCGCGACUUUCUGCAGCGUAUCUCCGCCAUUCGAAACAAAGAGCUGCGAUCGGUACAGAUGCUGCUUGGUACCCGAAAUGGUAUCAACGCUUUCGGUGUCUGUAUCCCGGUCUUUGCAUCCAUGUUGGCAUUCAUCACUUUCCAGCUUUCCAAGCAUCCGCUGAACCCUGCACCGGUGUUCUCAUCGCUGGCGCUGUUCAAUCAGCUGCGUCAGCCGUUGACCAUUUUACCUAUGAUCAUCGGAUUGGUUGCUGAUGCAUUCACUGGUAUUGGGCGAAUCGAGCAGUUCCUACUUGCCGAAGACCAGAAGGAUGACAUUGAGAUCCGCAAGGACAGCCUAGACGCCGUUGCCAUCGAGCACGCAGACUUUACCUGGGAAGCAAACCUCGAUGAAGAGGCAAAGGGCGGCCAGGGAAACAACAAAAAGUUCGAUGCGAAGAAGGCGAAGAAGGAAGCAAAGAAGGCACAAAAGACCAAAGCCAGCGCGGAUCAUGACCCGGAAAAGAUGCCCGUCAGCAGCACUGACAUCUCUCAGGCUGUGACUCCCGAUGACACCUCCGAAGAGACCCCAGGACCACAGCCACCUUUCAAAAUUCUUGAUAUCAACUUGGUCGCCGGUAAACAAGAACUCAUCGGUGUCAUUGGAAGUGUUGGUUCCGGAAAGAGUUCGCUUCUGUCUGCUAUCGCGGGAGAUAUGCGUCGGGUGCGAGGGUCCGCCGUGAUCAGUGGCUCUCGUGCGUUCUGCCCUCAGCAGGCUUGGAUUCAGAAUGCUACUAUCCUGGAAAACAUCACCUUUGGCAGUGAAUUUGACAAGGACAAGUACGAUCGUGUUGUUGACGCCUGUGCUCUUGGCCAUGAUCUGGAGAUGCUUCCGCACGGUAACUUGACAGAGGUGGGAGAACGUGGCAUCAACCUUUCCGGUGGACAAAAGCAGCGUCUGUCUCUCGCUCGAGCCAUUUACUCUGACGCCGAUAUCGUGCUUUUGGAUGACCCUCUAUCCGCCGUCGACGCUCACGUUGGUCGUCACCUGAUGCAACAUGCCAUCUGCGGUCUACUCAAAGACAAAUGCCGUAUCCUUGCGACACAUCAAUUGCACAUCUUGAAUCGCUGCGACCGGAUCAUUAUUAUGCAGGACGGCCAUAUUACUGCCUUCGAUACCUUUGAUGCUCUUAUGGAGAAGAAUGAGGAGUUCCAGAGUAUCAUGGAAACGGUCGACACAACUGACCCCGUUGUCGAGAACAGGCCUACUGAUCAGAACAUGGUCGCCGGAGGACCGAAAAAGCAGAAGGGCGAUUCGGCUGAUGCCCUGAUGCAACAGGAGGACCGGGCAGUCAAGGGAGUCCCCAUGAGCGUUUACGUGGAUUAUUGCAAGUCUACUGGCUCUGUCUGGAUUGCUCCUAUGACACUAUUCUUCCUGAUCAUCUCACAAGGAGCAAACACUUUGACGAGUCUGUGGCUGGCAUGGUGGUCAUCAGAUAAGUUUGGCCUCUCGACAGGUGCUUACAUAGGUGUUUACGCCGCCCUGGGUGUUGUCGCAGCCGUCACAGUCUUCGCAUGGGCCGUCUCAGUCUCUAUCCUUGGCACAAGAGCCAGUAAAGGCAUGCUCCGUCGCGCUCUACAGCGUGUUGUUCGAGCUCCGAUGUCUUUCUUCGACACUACGCCCCUGGGCCGAGUGAUGAAUCGACUAUCCAAGGAUGUCGACACGAUGGACAACAACCUGUCUGACAGCAUUCGAAUGGCCUGCAUGACCAUCGCCUCCCUAAUCGCCAUUUUCAUCCUGACAAUUGCCUAUUAUUACUACUUUGCUGCCGCCCUUGUGCCCCUGUUUACUCUCUACGUGAUCAUGGCCAUGUAUUACCGACCAUCCGCCAGAGAAGUGAACCGACACGAGGCCGUCCUCCGCAGUCACGUCUUCGCUCGCUUCAAUGAAGCCGUCCUAGGCACCCCGACUGUGAGGGCGUAUGGUCUGCAGAAGCAGUUCUCGGAUCGACUUAACGACGCCAUCGAUGACAUGAACAGUGCUUAUUUCCUGACCUUUGCCAAUCAGAGAUGGCUGAACGUACGAAUUGAUGCCAUCGGUAUCAUCCUCACGUUCAUUGUAUGCAUGCUAGUGGUCACAUCGCGCUUCGAAAUCAGUCCUAGCAUCAGCGGCCUGGUUCUCUCAUACGUUAUAUCCAUAAUGCAAAUGCUCCAGUUCACCGUUCGACAAGUCACUGAAAUGCAAAACAACAUGAACUCCGCCGAGAGAUUGCACUACUACGGUCUCUCUCUCGAACAGGAAGCCCCCGAGCACACUGCUGUCGAUUUGCCCCAAAGCUGGCCCGAACGCGGAGAGAUCGUCUUCGAUAACGUCCAGAUGAGAUACCGUGCCGAACUACCCCUCGUUCUUCAAGGGCUGUCCCUGCACAUCCAACCGGGCGAGAAAGUCGGAAUUGUCGGGCGUACCGGUGCUGGCAAAUCCAGUAUCAUGAGCGCUCUCUUCCGCCUAGUCGAGUUAUCCGGCGGCUCCAUCACGAUCGAUAACAUCAACAUCAACACCGUUGGACUCAGCGAUCUUCGCAGUCGCAUGUCCAUCAUCCCUCAGGACCCAACUCUAUUCAAAGGCACCGUCCGCUCGAACCUGGAUCCAUUCAACGCCCACUCCGAUCUCGAAUUAUGGUCUGCCCUCCGCCAAGCAGGUAUCGUUGACGCCGACCCAAACAACAACAAUGACAACAACAACAACAAUGCCGCACCCCAGAACCGCAUCACACUCGACACCUCCGUCGACGACCAAGGCCAGAACUUCUCCCUCGGCCAACGCCAACUGAUGGCCCUCGCCCGCGCCCUCGUGCGAAACAGCCAAAUCAUCAUCUGCGACGAAGCCACCAGCUCCGUGGACUUCGAGACAGAUCGUCGCAUCCAGCGCACCAUCCUCGAUGGCUUCAGGGGAAAGACGCUACUUUGUAUCGCGCAUCGUCUGAAGACGAUCAUCGGCUACGAUCGCAUCUGCGUGAUCGAUCAGGGUCGUGUCGGGGAAGUGGGCACGCCUCUCGAAUUAUUCGACCAGGGGGGCGUUUUCUGGGGUAUGUGUGAGAGGAGUUCGAUUGGGAGAGAGGAAAUUAUCGAAGCGAGGCAGCAGAGGGAUUUGAUUUGAUUUGAAAUAUUCCCCUACUCUCCCUAGCCUCCCCAGUCUAUAUAUAGUAAGUAAUGGUUGUAUCUAACGGGAGAAUAGUCUCUGCUAUUGUUAAUAU